AGUCGCUAUAAUUACCGUUUGAGUGAAGAUGUGACCAUUAAGAAUAUACUUGUCCAGAUCUAGACCCCUCGUCAACACAACCUAGAGGUGACUGGUUUUGUAUUAAUAUGGAAUGCAUGAUCUCCAAUAUGAAAAGUACAGAAUGUUCACGAUAUUUGUUUACGAGGAACCAACGCCAUAAGUAUAAAUGGAAACAAUUUCGGUAGCUGUAAGAGGUAAUUUUACAUUAGUACUAAGUACACCUUUGAAAUGAUAUUAAAACUAAACUUGUGGUUUUUACUUUUGAAAUAUUGUUUAGGGGAACCACUCUUGGUUGCACUAGAUUCCGAUCAGACAUUGGAAUCAUUUUACGCUUAUGAUGUCAAAUUCCCUCCAACUGAAAGGGUUAGGGAUCUAAUUACCAAUACCUAUUCAUUUGGAGACUUUAACGCUUUUGCUGGAGAUUUUCCGCCGGAAAUUGUAAAGAGAUUAGAGAAAAGUGAGUUAGUAGCUGAGAUUUCUCACAAUGGUAAAUUAAAUCAAGCCGACAUCAAAACCUAAGACAAAGCACCAAGGCAUUUUGCAAGAGUUAGUAGAAAAGAUCCGAUAAUUGAUAGAAGAGGAAAAUACCCUUGCAUAUAUGACACUUCAUUCCUGGGACAAAAUGUGGAUGUAUAAGUCCUUGAUUCUGGUAUUAUGGUCGACCAUCCUGAAUUUUCGGGUAGAGCUCGUAAGCUUAAAGAUUUUAGAGAAGAUAGUAUGGAAGAUUAUGGAACUAAAGUUGAUGGUAUUAUUGGUUCAAUAAAAUAUGAUAUUUCAAAAUCUUGUAAUCUACUUAGUGUUAAGAUUUUGGACAAGUAUGGCGAAAGGGGAUACAAGUGAUUUAAUUGCUGCACUAGAAUUUGUUAUUAAAUUUCAUCAGAAAAGCAGCAAGUUAGGAGUAGUAAAUAUAUUCAUAGCUAGCUCUUUCGGUAGUUUCAUAAAUCAUGCUGUU